AUGGCGGGCACUAUUCGACACCAUUCUACCUACCAUCAUGAGACAGAGCCUUCUGCUGCCUCGGUCGGCAACGCACUCGUAACUCUUCCGUCGUUACGGAUGCCCACGGGCGGCGCUGAUCGCUUACCAUCAGGUUAUCCGUUGGCUCGUUUGCCGACUUCAUCAUCAUCAUCAUCAUCAUCAGCCUAUAAGUGCCCACUGCUGAGCCAAGGCCUCUUCUCAUACGGAGAAGGGCAGGAAAAGCCAUUCGAUGAUAUCUUCCUCCUCAAAAAUAACGUAGGCUCAAUCGAAGCGCACCUGAUAACGGAGAUCAACGUGCAGUUGGCGCUGUUCCGCGACCUACUAAUCCACAUUGGUCAGCCACACGACUGCCCAGAACUGCGGGAGCGCGUGCGUCGACUGCGUCGCGCAUGCGUAGAAGCCACCAAGACUACCAGCCAACUAGUUUUACCUAAUUGUAAAAAGUCAACGAGCGACGGGUGCGCGGAACAGCCUCAGCUGGUGCUCCUAUACUUCAUGGCACAGCUCCUGCUUCGGGAACUCGCCAAGUGCCACCGCCUUGUACAGCUUGUGCCAAUGGAUAUGACCUCGUAUUACGAAAACCGUGCCGGUCCGUCCAAUUUUGGCAACGUGAUAAGCCAGAUCCUACUGUGCAAGCAGAUAACUCCUGACUUCAACCAGGAGGAGCUUUGCAGCAUCGUGAAGGACACGCAAGAGAUCACGAGAAUAGUUAACGAUAUACAGGAAUAUUUGCCACAGCAUGAAAAUCUCAACCACUUAGCGAUCUCACUGCGUGCCCUGGAAAACCGUCAAGCAAUAUUCCAAACUAGUUUCCAAUGGUGCCUUCGUGCAUGGUCCCAGGUUAAGGAGCCUAUGUCUUUCAGACUAUAA